AUGGCGGCUGGGCUCCUGCCCCUGCUCCCGCUGCUGCUGCUGCUACCGGGCCGGGGGCCGCCGGGGGCCCUGGGCAACCGGCACGCCGUGCACUGGAACAGCUCCAACCCGCACCUGCGGCGGGAGGGUUACACGGUGCAGGUGAAUGUCAACGAUUACCUGGACAUCUACUGCCCACACUACAACGCCUCGGUGCCCGAGCACCGGCUGGAGCAGUACGUGCUGUACAUGGUGAAUGCGGAGGGGUACCGCACCUGCAACACCAGCCAGGGCUUCAAGCGCUGGGAGUGCAACCGGCCCCAUGCACCCCACAGCCCCAUCAAGUUCUCGGAGAAGUUCCAGCGCUACAGCGCCUUCUCACUGGGCUACGAGUUCCGCGCGGGGCAGGAGUACUACUACAUAUCCACGCCGACACACAACCACCGCCGGGCCUGCCUGAAGAUGAAGGUGUUUGUCUGCUGCGCUUCCACGUUGCACUCCGGGGAGAAGCUGGCGCCCACCCUGCCCCAGUUCACCCUGCGGCCUGAGGUGAAGAUCGAGGACCUGGAAAACUUCAACCCGGAGAUGCCGAAGCUGGAGAAGAGCAUCAGCGGCACCAGCCCCAAGCGGGAACACUUGCCCCUGGCCGUGGCUGCCGCGCUCUUCCUCAUGACGCUGCUGGCCUCGUAG